UUAUCAAGCAGCUACAUGCAGUCUCUCCUACUCCUCCCACUCUGACCUGUCAUCGGCCACAAUACCAGAAUCUUUAGUGCCUCUGAAGCUUGACAGUUUUUCAAACUUAUCUGGUCAAACGGCGGACUAAGUUUUGAUAGUCCGCUAACCAUGACCCGCCAAGAAUCGGUUACCCCAACCGGAAGCCUAAGCGCCCAGGCCCCCUCAAACCCCGCUUACAACGCCAACCCUGUGCCGGUGCCUGUGAUCACACAGACGGACUCAAGAGACAAAUGGAGCAAAAAGAUGGAUUUUCUUUUAUCAGUCAUUGGCUUCGCGGUAGACUUGGGAAAUGUGUGGCGAUUUCCAUACAUUUGUUACCAAAACGGAGGCGGGGCUUUCCUCAUCCCAUACAUUGUCAUGGCCAUCUUCGGGGGGGUGCCACUCUUUUACAUGGAACUGGCCCUGGGUCAGUUCCACAGAACUGGUGCCAUAUCCAUAUGGAAACACAUAUGUCCCAUCUUCAAAGGCAUUGGGUAUGCAAUCUGUAUAAUCGCUCUCUACGUCUCCUUCUACUACAACACCAUUAUUGCCUGGGCCCUAUUCUACUUCUACUCGUCCUUCACCACUGUCCUGCCCUGGACCAACUGUGAUAAUGCAUGGAACACUGACAACUGCACCAACUACUUCCUUUUAGACAAUGUGACCUGGACCAACUUCUCCAGGUCACCAGCUGAGGAAUUUUACACGAGAAAUGUUCUGGAGAUCCACAGGUCCGAUGGACUGCGUAACGUGGGGGGGAUUCGCUGGCAGCUGAUGCUCUGCCUCUUCCUCAUCUUUACUAUUGUUUACUUCAGUCUCUGGAAGGGAGUGAAGACAUCUGGGAAGGUGGUGUGGGUGACGGCCACCUUGCCCUAUGUGGUGCUCUUCAUCCUGUUGAUUCGGGGCGCCACCCUGCCAGGUGCAUGGAAGGGUGUGGUCUUCUAUCUCCAGCCCAAGUGGGAGAAACUCUUUGAGACCAGUGUCUGGGUCGAUGCUGCAGCUCAAAUCUUUUUUUCCCUGGGUCCCGGGUUUGGGGUGCUCCUUGCCCUCUCCAGCUAUAACCCCUUCACAAACAACUGCUAUCGUGACGCCAUAGUGACCAGCCUAGUGAACUGCCUGACCAGCUUCAUGUCUGGGUUUGUGAUUUUCACGGUGCUGGGCUACAUGGCCGAGAAAAGAAACGUGAAUGUGGAGGAUGUAGCCCGGGACAAAGGUCCAAGCCUACUCUUCAUCACCUAUCCUGAGGCCAUAGCCAACAUGACAGGUUCAACGUUCUUUGCCAUCAUCUUCUUUGUGAUGAUGAUCACUCUUGGGCUUGACAGCACGUUUGGAGGACUGGAAGCCAUCAUUACAGCUGUGAUGGAUGAAUACCCUGGCUACCUGGCGCACAGACGGGAGCUAUUUGUACUGGGCCUGGUAGUUGUGUGUUUUCUGGGCUCUCUCAGCACCCUAACCAAUGGUGGUGCCUAUGUGGUGAAAUUACUGGAGGAAUUUGGAGUGGGGUCCUCCAUCAUUGCAGUUGGGUUUCUUGAGGCAAUCGCUGUUUCCUGGUUUUACGGUAUCACAAGAUUCAGCAAUGACAUUAAAUCCAUGUUGGGCUAUGCUCCAGGGUUAUUCUGGAAGGUUUGCUGGGUGGCCAUUAGUCCUGCAUUUCUAGCGUAUAUAAUAGUGAGCUCCCUUCUCAAGCCUCCUCCUCUUCAACUCUUUGACUACAAGUACCCAGACUGGAGCAUCACGGUUGGGUAUGUCAUCGGCGCCUCCUCCUUCAUGUGGAUCCCCAUCUACAUGGUCUACAAGCUGGUGUGGACCCCCGGAUCACUGAAACAGCGCCUAGCUGUGUGUCUAAGACCUGAGAGGACCAUUUUGCCAGAGAUCCACACAGACUCCCUCAACAUGACUCCUGUUCCAUAGGAGCACUUGCAUUGCCAAGAAUCAACAGGCUCCUGACAGAGAGAACCUACCAAGCUGACACAGUUCAAUCUCAUGGAGCAUUCAAAACAGGUCCUUUUUUUUAAAAGCUCAAUCUGAAAAAACACACAUUGUCUGUUAAAGGGGAGUUUAAUAUAAAGAUAAAAGGUAUUCAUAUUCUGUCUGAAGACAUAGCCAAAACCUUAAUAAGAUAAGGCUUCAAGACUGACGGAAAAUGCAGUCACUCCUUAUCAACAACGUACUUCUGGUAGAUUUUAAGCAUAUACAGUGAGAAACAGCUUUGGAAUUAUUUUUCAAUAAACUCUUUGAAACAUAACAUUCUGGAUUUUUCAUUAAGAUAAUUAUUUUGUGUGUGAAAGAAUUACUUCUACAAAAUGAAAAUUUUUAUGAUAAUGUUUAUAACUGGUUUUCAUACAAAGUAAAGCAGAAAAUGUCAUUUGGAAUGUGUGACAAGAAAAACCAUUAUAUUUUGUGGCUGGCAGAUAGUUGAUGUUGUUUAUAAAACUAACAGUUUCUCACUAACAUGCAAGUUAAAAGGAAUACCUCAAAGAAUGCAGUUAGCAGAUGAAACCAAAUAUGCUGCUCAGUAUUUCCUUUUUGGUUAUGCUUUAUUCCAUAGUCUGCGAUUUACCUGGAAUUUACUUGGAAAGUAAGGCUAAAUAGUAAUUACAUAAUUACAGUUAUGUAAUUGGUGUUUAGGCAUUUCCCAAAUGUUUUAGUAUGUAUUGUUUUUUUACCAGUUUAUUAAUAAAUACCAGUUCUAAUGAAACUACAAAAUAAUAUCUAAAGUUAUUAGUCCCUAAGUGUUUGUUGUUGGGAUAAAAAAAAAACUUCCAGUGUUUCCAGCCUUAAAGCUGCUUAAAUAUUGUAAAUACUUCAAAAUAUGAUAUAAUCUGUAUUGAUUUUGUGCCUCUCCAGACAAACAAAAAACAUUUUCUCUCUAUGUAAUAAGACUGUUUGAACUGUCAAUGAAACCUAAAACAAUGCCUAUCAGAGAUUGUAAUGUGUCAAUUUAUUCUCAACUUUGGUUUAAUUUAUCUCCAGAGAAUAAUGAGAUGAGCUGUUUUACAUAUGCUUUAUAAUAUUUGGAAUGUUUUGUGAUUUAAGUCCACCUAAAUAGAAAAGGAAGCAGAUCCCAGUAUUUGUAGAAUGUGAAUGCAACUAUCUGGUGUACAUGUAAU